AUGGAUGAAGAAAAGCUCCCAUGUGAACUGCGUGAGGAAGGAGGUGCUAUUCAGGACCACAGCCCGGAAGCUGAAGGGGAACCUGGGGUCCAGAAUGGAAUGGAAGCCCAGGAAGGCCCAGACAGCCACAUCAGCAGUCCAGGCAGCGAGAAGACAGGCACCUUAGAGGGCACCAUGGAGCCCAUGGCAGACCCAGAUGUGGCCCUGCCUGGCCUUAGCCUCUCUCUCACCAAUGGGCUACCUUUGGGACAAGAUGGGAACAUUCUGGAAGAUUCCGUGGAACCCAGGCCCUGGAGGGCUAGUGAACCAGUGGAGGAGGAGGAUCUCUCCAGGAGUCUCUGUCCAGAAGCUGAAGAUUCUCAGCUGGGGCUGGACUGCUCCGGAGAGCCGGAUGUGCGGGAUGGCUUCAGUGCGACUUUUGAGAAGAUUCUGGAGUCAGAGCUGUUGCGGGGUACCCAGUACAGCAGCCUGGAUUCUUUGGAUGUGCUCAGUCUCACUGAUGAGAGCGACAGCUGUGUCAGCUUCGAGGCCCCCCUCACACCUCUCAUCCAGCAACGGGCUCGAGACAGCCCUGAGCCCGGGACUGGGCUGGGCACUGAGGAGAAUCUGGGGGCAGCUGGUGGUGGUGAUGGGGAGCUGGGCAGCCCCCUGCGGCGGUCCAUCUCUAGCAGCCGCUCAGAGAAUGUCCUGAGCCACCUGUCUCUCGCAUCGGUGCCCAAUGGGUUCCAUGAAGAUGGACCCGGGGGCUCGGGAGGGGACGAUGAGGAUGACGAGGACACGGACAAGUUGCUGAACUCUGCCAGCGACACCAGCCUCAAGGAUGGCCUGUCAGACUCGGACUCAGAGCUGAGCAGCUCAGAGGGACUGGAGCCUGGUGGCACAGAUCCACUGGCCAAUGGGUGCCAGGGGGUCAGCGAAGCCGCUCGCCGGCUGGCCCGCCGCCUCUACCACCUUGAGGGCUUCCAGCGCUGUGAUGUGGCUCGGCAACUGGGCAAGAACAAUGAGUUCAGCAGGCUGGUCGCUGGGGAGUACCUCAGUUUCUUCGACUUCUCAGGCCUCACGUUGGACAGAGCGCUCAGAACCUUCCUGAAGGCCUUCCCACUGAUGGGGGAGACGCAGGAGCGAGAACGAGUCCUUACCCACUUCUCCCGCCGGUACUGCCAGUGUAACCCAGACGACAGCACGUCAGAAGAUGGGAUCCACACGCUGACCUGUGCCCUGAUGCUACUGAACACAGACCUGCAUGGACAUAACAUUGGCAAGAAGAUGUCCUGCCAGCAAUUCAUUGCCAAUUUGGACCAGCUGAAUGAUGGCCAAGACUUUGCCAAAGACCUGUUGAAGACGCUUUACAACUCCAUCAAGAAUGAAAAGCUGGAAUGGGCCAUUGAUGAGAAUGAGCUGAGAAAAUCCCUGUCCGAGCUGGUGGAUGACAAAUUUGGGACAGGCACAAAGAAGGUGACGCGGAUCUUGGAUGGUGGCAAUCCAUUCCUGGAUGUCCCGCAGGCUCUCAGCGCUACCACCUACAAGCAUGGCGUGCUGACGCGGAAGACUCACGCCGACAUGGAUGGCAAGAGGACACCCCGUGGGAGGCGUGGCUGGAAGAAAUUCUACGCGGUGCUCAAAGGGACCAUCCUGUACCUGCAGAAGGAUGAAUACAGGCCCGACAAGGCUCUGUCCGAGGGUGACUUGAAGAAUGCCAUCCGCGUGCACCAUGCUCUGGCCACCAGGGCUUCUGACUACAGUAAGAAGUCCAAUGUGCUCAAGCUGAAGACAGCCGACUGGAGGGUCUUCCUUUUCCAGGCACCGAGCAAGGAAGAAAUGCUGUCCUGGAUUCUGCGGAUCAACCUAGUGGCCGCCAUCUUCUCUGCACCUGCCUUCCCAGCGGCCGUCAGCUCCAUGAAGAAGUUUUGUCGGCCACUGCUCCCCUCCUGUACCACGCGCCUCUGCCAGGAGGAGCAGCUGCGGUCUCAUGAGAAUAAGUUGAGGCAGGUGACUGCAGAGUUGGCGGAACACAGGUGUCACCCAGUGGAGAGGGGCCUCAAGUCCAAGGAGGCGGAGGAAUACCGGCUAAAGGAACACUAUCUCACGUUUGAGAAAAGCCGUUAUGAGACUUACAUCCACCUCCUGUCCGUGAAAAUCAAAGUGGGUUCAGAUGACCUGGAGCGGAUCGAGGCCCGUCUGGCUACUCUAGAAGGGGAUGACCCAGCUCUCCGGAAGACGCACUCAAGCCCCGCCCUCAGCUUGGGGCACGGGCCUGUGACUGGCAGCAAAGCCACAAAGGAUGCCUCGGCGUCAGAUUCUUAG